UCAAAGGGCGUGCCACAGGGUAUCUAUUUUAGCCGGGGACCUGUUUUGUGAGGAGAGGAGAUUAACCCCUGGCCCUCCUGGCAAGGGACGGAUUGCGAAGGCAGAGGGGGCUUUAAGCAUGGCAGAUGAGAGGGAUUAAGGAGUUAAUUCGGCAGCGUGCCCUGGAAUAGUAAUUCCUUUCCCCUCCCAACAUACUUCGAGACGCUACAGCAUGCUGGAGCAUCGCUGGGCGCAGUCAGCGUGAUUGUGGGGGGCGGGGGGUACCUCCUCUCCGUUCAGCUGCGCUGCCAGUUAUCCGGGCAGCCCGACCCAUUGCAAGUGCCUGGCUUGCUGCUGCACACAAAGGGAGCCAGCCAGCCAGCCAGCCACCCUCUCCCGCUUUCUGCCAGCUUCUUAAAGGGAGCGCUGCAUGCUCAGCCUCACAGCUGCAGCGCCGGGUUCAUCCAGUGCAGCUUCACCUAGCUGUCAGGGGGUGGGGGGAAAGACAAGGGAAUCCCGAAGAGGCUUUUUUGCAGAAGCCGACCAAGGCUCAGAUGGAUAUCCUGGGUCUGCGGAGACCUGCCCCGUGAUCCGGUGCUCCUUGGUGGCUCCUGAGCUUUGCGCCUUCAGCAUUUCCAUGGUCCACCGGGUGUUGCAGACGCAUCUUUGCAGUACGCGCCUGCAUUGAUUUCGAUCCAGCAAGCGGAGUCAAGCCAGCAUUGAAGCAGCCCCCAUGCUGCUGCUUCGGGUUUGCGGUGAAGACGAUGCAGGCUCGAGGUUUCUGAAAGCCACAGAGCGAAUGGAGGGGGCGAUUUAAGAGCCGGAUCCAAGCGGGCAGAAGGAAUCCUUGCAAAGUGUGGAGGAUCGAUCAAGACGCGCGGCGUUGCCAGUUCGUUCGGUGUUUCUGGCUUUCUAGCAAGUUCAGCACUCGCGAAGGGGACAGCGCCUCGGGUCGCCUCCGUCCUGCAGCAGAGCCCGAAGUUGGAGAGCGCUCCUCUGAAGUCUUCUGCAGCUGCAUUGUGAGGGACCGGCCCCUUCGGCGCACCGCAGUCGCGCUCUGCCACUCGAAAGGGGUCCUCUCUCUUCUGCCAAGGAGAGCUCGGCGAGAGCGCAAUGCAAGUCUCCAUCGCGUGCACGGAACACAACCUCAAGAACCGGAAUGGGGAAGACCGACUCAUCAGCAAACAGAACACCACCACCCCGAACUCAGUCAAUGCAGCCCGGGCGAAAUUCCGGACGGUGGCGAUUAUUGCUCGCAGUCUUGGGACCUUUACCCCUCAGCACCACAUUUCCUUAAAAGAGUCCACUGCAAAGCAGACGGGCAUGAAAUAUAGAAACCUUGGAAAGUCUGGAUUAAGAGUUUCGUGUCUGGGGCUAGGGACGUGGGUCACGUUUGGAGGUCAAAUUUCAGACGAGAUUGCGGAACAGCUCAUGACUAUCGCGUACGAGAGUGGAGUAAACCUGUUUGACACAGCCGAGGUGUACGCAGCUGGAAAGGCCGAGGUGAUUUUGGGAAGCAUAAUAAAAAAGAAAGGCUGGAGGAGGUCAAGUCUGGUCAUUACAACAAAACUCUACUGGGGAGGAAAAGCUGAAACAGAAAGAGGACUCUCAAGAAAACACAUUGUUGAAGGAUUAAAAGGCUCUCUCCAGAGGCUGCAGCUUGAGUAUGUGGACGUCGUCUUUGCAAAUCGACCAGACAAUAAUACCCCAAUGGAAGAAAUUGUCCGGGCGAUGACUCAUGUGAUAAACCAAGGCAUGGCCAUGUACUGGGGAACUUCCCGAUGGAGUGCCAUGGAAAUAAUGGAAGCCUAUUCUGUAGCGAGGCAGUUUAAUAUGAUUCCACCUGUGUGCGAACAAGCAGAAUACCACCUUUUCCAAAGAGAGAAAGUAGAGGUUCAGUUGCCGGAACUGUAUCACAAGAUAGGAGUUGGAGCAAUGACGUGGUCCCCUCUCGCCUGUGGGAUUGUCUCAGGGAAAUACGCCAAUGGAAUUCCCGAAAGCUCAAGGGCUUCUUUGAAGUGCUAUCAGUGGCUAAAGGAGAAGAUUGUGAGCGAGGAGGGGAGAAAACAACAGUCGAAGCUGAAAGAUCUCUUCCCCAUUGCUGAACGCCUCGGAUGCACCCUACCUCAGCUGGCUGUUGCUUGGUGUCUACGUAACGAGGGUGUGAGCUCUGUCCUCUUAGGAUCUUCCAAUCCGGAGCAGCUAAUAGAGAAUCUUGGUGCCAUACAGGUUCUUCCGAAGAUGACGUCCCACAUUGUGAACGAGAUCGAUAACAUCUUGGGAAACAAACCUUACAGCAAGAAGGACUACAGAUCCUAAUGCAUUGCAUGAUUAAACUGGACUGCAUGGCUAAAAUAGCGCUCUGUACUUAGUACAGUACCAAGUCAAUAAUAUCCUGAUUAGAAUUAUUCGGCAGUCUCUGUUGUUUACUAGAUUCUCCAAGGCGGCGUGCUGCGCCGGAAUCCAAAAGCACAGCCGAUCUCUCUUUACAGCUGAGAUCGCCUUUGCUUUUUCGCUCCUUCUUCUUUUGUACUACAGUCAGAUUUUCCAGCACAAGCCCUGUUGAAACGAAGGAGAUCCUGCAGGACAUUGUGCGCUAGCAUUCAUUUCCGCAGAGUUUGUGCACAACUUCUUGCCGGGUCGUGCCUGCUCCCUGUUGACCCUUCUUAUCCUCUCGGCACUUCCCAUUUAUGCAGUGAAAAUACACAUUGUAAAGAAACAAUAAAAGAUUUCUUCUAAGCUUUAGUUACUUGGAAAUUAGAAGAAGGAUGUACAGAUAUAUUUUUUCAA